AGUCCCAGGAGUUGUCCCAGGCCCGGAUAGACUACCACGCCGCUCUGCUGGCCCUGCAGGAGCAUGGAACCCGCAUGGUCUGCACCGGCAAGAUGCACACUGACCGCAUCUGCCGCUUCGACUACCUGUGCUACUGCACCGAGGCCGAAGAGUUUGUCUUCUUCCACAGCAACUCCUCCUUCAUGUUGCCCAACCUGGGGCCCCGGCGCUUCCAGCCGGCCCUGCUGGACCUGUCCUCUGUGGAGGAUCACAACACCCAGUACUUCAACUUCCUGGAGCUGCCCGCAGCUGCCCUCAAGUUCAUGCCCAAGCCUGUGUUUGUCCCUGACGUCACCCUCAUCCUCAACCGGUUCAAUCCGGAUAACCUGAUGCACGUGUUCCACGAUGACCUGCUGCCCAUCUUCUACACCAUGCGGCAGUACUCGGACCUGGACGAUGAGGCCCGCCUGGUCUUCAUGGAGGGCUGGGGUGAGGGCGCACACUUUGACCUCUACCGCCUGCUGAGCAGCAAGCAGCCACUUCUCAAAGAGCAGCUGAGGAACUUUGGCAAACUUAUGUGCUUUACUAAGUCCUACGUGGGCUUGUCCAAGAUGACCACAUGGUACCAGUACGGCUUCGUCCAGCCACAGGGCCCCAAAGCCAACAUCCUGGUCUCUGGGAACGAGAUCCGGCAGUUUGCCUCAUCGCUGAUGGAGAAGCUCAAUAUCACCACGCGAGGAGAGGAGAGCGUGGCGGACGAAAAGGAUGAGUACUUCGUAGUGUUCAGUCGCUCCAUCAACAGACUAAUCCUGAACGAAGCGGAGCUGAUCCUGGCGUUAGUGCAGGAGUUCCAGAUGAGAGCCGUGACGGUAUCUCUGGAGGAGCAGAACUUCCCCAGAAUUGUCAAGGUCAUCAGCGGGGCCUCCAUAUUAGUCAGCAUGCARGGGGCCCAGCUGGUCUCCUCUCUCUUCCUCCCCCGGGGGGCUGUCGUAGUGGAGCUCUUCCCCUAUGCGGUCAACCCAGAGCAGUACACUCCUUACAAAACCCUGGCCUCUCUACCAGGCAUGGACCUGCAGUAUGUGGCCUGGAGGAACAUGGUGGAGGAGAACUCUGUGGCCUACCCAGAGAGGCCCUGGGAGCAGGGAGGUAUAGCCCACCUGGAUAAGGAAGAGCAGGAUCACAUCCUGACCAGUAAGGAAGUACCUAGACACCUGUGCUGCCGCAACCCUGAGUGGCUCUAUCGUAUUUACCAGGACACCAUAGUGGACAUACCUUCUUUACUAGAGGCUCUCAGAGCGAUUGUGAAAACCAGGCCCAACCUGAAGAAGGCCAAGCCUGCCAGCACGGUCCACCCGGGCCGGGUCAGAGAGCCCCAGUGCCAGACGUCGGUCCAGGCCACCAACGAGGCCAAGCUGACUGUGUCCUGGCAAAUCCCCUGGAACCUGAAGUACCUGAAGGUCAGGGAAGUGAAGUACGAAGUGUGGAUCCAGGAGCAAGGAGAGAACACGUACAUGCCUUAUAUUCUCCCCCACCAGAACUAUACCUUCUCUGAAAACAUCAAACCCUUUACGACGUACCUGGUGUGGGUGCGCUGCAUCUUUAACAAACACCUCCUGGGGCCCUUUGCCGAUGUACUCAUGUGCAGGACAUAAUUUGAGUUGAUAUUUACAGUUUCAAGUAUGUGACUGCUUGUUCCAGAUGAUCAGAUAUUGGGGCUGUGGAUUAUUGAAGGUGAUGCUAGAAAGGUUCUGUAUAAUUUCAGCCAGUAGUUUUGAAAGUAGCGCUCACGAGCCAAAAUGGGUCCCAGAAAAUUGUGCACAAUUGUAUACGAUGUCAUCCAUUUUGUAUGAUAUGUUACGUCCUGCACAAUAAAUGUAUGUUUCCUACAAUUCGUAUGAUAUGUUACGAAUUUGUAAGUGCUUAAGAUCCCGUUCAAUCUCGUUAAUAUGAACAUCUGUGAUUGAGGAUGGUCUCCGAUUUGAGGAUAGUUGAUAUGAUGUAAUCUGUAUCUAGGAUGAGAGACUGUGCUGUUUGAUGAGACAACCAUGUCCUCACAGAGAGUGAAAUGCAAUGGAAAUUCAAUGGCAUUUAGCAUGGGACGCAGGAACACGAGUCACGAUUUAAGGAUGCAUUGUCUGUACCAUAGGCAGAAAGUACUAUACAAAGUGUAUUUUUGAGAUAUAGGAAUUUCUUUAAUAUACUUAUUAUACUUUUUCAUUAGUCUUAAACACUGAACCUAUCUAUACCUGUACUUAUUUGAGUAUGUAAUGUAGGUUUUCAGCAAAGCCCAGAUUUGAUUGGUUUGUGAUUUGUUAUCUGAUAAAUCACAACUUUGUGGCUUAGCCUACCCUCCUGCACAAAGUUGUAGCUUUGUCAUGUUGCCUUUCUAAUUGGCAAUUUCCAUAAUUGUUUGCAGAAUGUUGCCAAAACCUUAAAGGGAUACUGUAAGAUUCUGGCAAUUUUCCACUUACCCAGAGUCAGAWGAACUCGUGGGUACCAUAUUUAUGCCUCUGCGUGCAGUAUGAAGGAUGUUAGAAGUAGUUUCGCGAGCCAAUCCUAACUAGCAUUAGCACAAUGACUGGAAGUCUYUGGGUAUCUGCUAGCUGGGUAUCUGCUUCAGGCCUGGACAAUUCCAGUCCUCAGGGGCCUAAUUGGUGUGACACUUUUCCCCCAUCCCUAGCAAACACACCUGAUUUUAAACUAAUGACAUGUUUAACUGAAGCUCAUGAUUAGUUGAUUAUUGGAGUCAGGUGUGUUAGCUGAGGGAAAAGUGUGACACCAAUCAGGCCCCAGAGGACUGGACUUGCCCAGGCCUGCUAGCUGCAGAUACCCAUACACUUCCAGUCAUUGCGCUAACUCCAGUUAGCAAUUAUGCUAGGGCUAGUUAGCAACUUCCUUCAAACCGCAAUCAGAAACAUAAAAAGGGUGUCCAUGAGUUCAUCUGCCCCUGGGGAAGUAGAUAAAGGGCCCCAUUGCCAYAAUCCCGAAGUAUCCCUUUAAGAGAAACCAAAGUYAAUUUGAAAAUGUGGUUACAGUACCAUUAAGUAUGUGUUAUUAGUUGUAAUUGAAUUAUCUUGUGCUUCAUUGAGGCUUUAAUAUUAAUUCAAGGCGGAUAAAAACUUUCAAAGAGUGUGUCCAGGAAAAUAUGUUGGCAGUUUUCUAAAGAUGCUGACUAAAACAUGCAUUAUUCCUUCAAAUGUAACAGUAUUUUAAGAACAGUGUUCCUCUAAAUUAAAAUAAAGAGAAUCUAUUAUGUA